GGGCGUACGGACUCCGGGGCGGCGGCCGGGAGGAAAUGCGGGGCCUGUCCCGGCGCGUUGAGGAAGUUGCCCAAAAUGAGGAAGCCCCACGAGCUCGGCGGCUGAGGAGACUCCGGCAGCAGGAGGAGUGAGCAGGAGCCCCAGGCCUCGCGCUGCUCCCAGAGAGCCCCAGGAACGCGCCCACCCUGCGCUCAACUCCCUCAGCUCAUCCUUGAACUUGGACCCCGCGCCGCCCCGCCCUUGGCUCACCUGCGCCGGUAGGUGUGGCGCGCGCGCUCUCCACUGGGGCGCGGGGACGCGGGGACUCGGAGCCCUGGGCUCCAGGGGACUGGGGAAGGCGGCGAGUGUGGGAUGCAGCUGUGCGUCCACUCGGCGGGUUUCUGGGUGUCCGGGCGCAUUGGCGGGACACUCGGAGCCCUUGCCCUCUGAAAAAGGAGGGAAAAUUGAUGUAGGUAGACUCUGUGUGCCCUCGGCCGUGAGGGGAGACAGGCAUGGCCUCAGGUGUGGCUGACCACUUGCCCUUCUUCUUUGGCAACAUCACCCGGGAGGAGGCUGAGGACUACCUGGUCCAGGGUGGCAUGAGUGACGGGCUCUACCUGCUGCGCCAGAGCCGCAAUUACCUGGGUGGCUUCGCUCUGUCAGUGGCACACGGGCGCAAAGCACACCACUACACCAUUGAGCGGGAGCUGAAUGGGACCUACGCCAUCGCGGGUGGCAGGGCACAUGCCAGCCCUGCUGAGCUCUGCCACUACCACUCCCAAGAGUCAGAUGGCCUCAUCUGCCUCCUCAAGAAGCCUUUCAACCGGCCACCUGGGGUGCAGCCCAAGACUGGACCCUUCGAGGACCUGAAGGAGAACCUUAUCCGGGAGUACGUGAAGCAGACCUGGAACCUGCAGGGCCAAGCUCUGGAGCAGGCCAUUAUCAGCCAGAAGCCUCAGCUGGAGAAGCUGAUCGCCACCACUGCCCAUGAGAAAAUGCCCUGGUUCCACGGAAAAAUCUCUCGGGAUGAAUCUGAGCAAAUUGUCCUGAUAGGAUCAAAGACAAAUGGAAAAUUUUUGAUCAGGGCCAGGGACAACAAUGGGUCCUAUGCCUUGUGCCUGCUACAUGAGGGCAAAGUGCUGCACUACCGCAUCGACAAGGACAAGACAGGGAAGCUCUCCAUCCCAGACGGCAAGAAGUUUGACACGCUCUGGCAGCUAGUCGAACAUUAUUCUUAUAAACCAGAUGGUUUGUUAAGAGUUCUUACAGUUCCAUGUCAAAAAAUUGGGCCACCAGGAAAUAAUCCUGGAUGUCGUCCACAACUUCCAAGUUCCCAUCCAGCGACUUGGUCACCGGGUGGAAUAAUCUCAAGAAUCAAAUCAUACUCCUUCCCAAAGCCUGGCCACAGAAAGGGUGCCUCAUCUCAGGGGACCCGGCCAGAGAGCUCCGUGACGUUCAACCCCUAUGAGCCAGACCGAGGCUCAGAAAGAGAAGCCCACAGAGAAGCCUUGCCCAUGGACACAGCAGUAUAUGAAAGCCCCUAUGCAGACCCUGAGGAAAUCAGGCCGAAGGAGGUCUACCUAGACCGGAAGCUGCUGACCCUGGAGGACAAAGAACUAGGCUCUGGUAACUUUGGCACUGUGAAGAAGGGCUAUUACCAAAUGAAAAAAGGUGCAAAAACAGUAGCGGUGAAAAUCCUGAAAAAUGAGGCCAAUGACCCAGCUCUGAAAGAUGAACUGUUAGCAGAAGCCAAUGUCAUGCAGCAGCUAGACAACCCUUACAUUGUGCGUAUGAUCGGGAUCUGUGAAGCUGAGUCCUGGAUGCUGGUCAUGGAGAUGGCAGAACUUGGUCCACUCAAUAAAUAUUUACAGCAGAACAGGCAUGUGAAGGAUAAGAACAUCAUAGAGCUGGUUCAUCAGGUUUCUAUGGGAAUGAAGUAUUUGGAGGAGUGCAAUUUUGUGCAUAGAGAUCUGGCUGCAAGAAACGUAUUGCUGGUUACUCAACAUUAUGCCAAGAUCAGUGAUUUUGGACUUUCCAAAGCACUUCGUGCUGAUGAAAACUACUACAAGGCCCAGACCCAUGGGAAGUGGCCCGUGAAGUGGUAUGCUCCGGAAUGUAUCAACUACUACAAGUUCUCCAGCAAAAGCGACGUCUGGAGCUUCGGGGUGUUAAUGUGGGAAGCAUUUUCCUAUGGGCAGAAGCCAUACCGGGGGAUGAAAGGAAGUGAAGUUUCUGCUAUGCUGGAGAAAGGAGAGAGGAUGGGGUGCCCCCCAGGGUGUCCGAGAGAGAUGUAUGAUCUGAUGAACCUGUGUUGGACAUAUGACGUCGAGAACAGACCCGGAUUUGCAGCGGUGGAACUGCGGCUGCGCAAUUACUACUAUGACGUGGUGAACUAAGACUUGUGGGCCUGUUUGUGCAGCCUCUGAGCAAAUGAGUCAUCACAGGCAAACUUACUACAAUGCAUGGAUUUUGAAUCUCCGCCUCCCACAGCCCACUGGGAGAGCCACUCUCACAGGCACUUGCCUGUGACUCUGGUUCCCCAAAGCCUGUGGGAGAACAUACCCUCCAUAGAACAAACCUGCUGGGAGGAGCUGUGGGAGAAAGACAGACAAGAGGGUCAACAGCAACUGUGAAUUCCUUUGUGCUUCUUGUCUGAAUGGUUUUCAUGGCAGGUUCUUUUCAGGAUCUGUUUUCAGCUUUCCUUACUGUCUUUCCAGUUCUCUGGCUCCUGGGCUGCUCUGACCCUCACCCCCACAGCCUGGAGAUAUCACCAUGUGAUAUCCAGCCACUGGUCUUGCAUUGUCAGCGCCCAGCGGGCACAAUGACACCUAUGAUCCCUGCAGUGGAGGACUAGAAGGGAGAGGACAAGGGGAUUUGGCUUAAACGGGCCUUGUGACUGGCCUUGCCCCUGAAAAGCUUUCCUAAUGGUAAAAGUGCCUCGAGGCUUAAAAAUCAAGUUCUACCAGUGCGUCUUCUAAGGUGUAGCCAGUUAAAGGGAAUGAAGUCUGGAUACUGCUUUUGCUCUGUGUGUUCUGAGCCAGAGUCUUGUGUCUGCAUGAAAAGUGUGGCCUGCUGGAAGGAUUGGCUUACUGGCCCCCUGAAAGCCUCUCCCCUGCAGACUUUCUGAAGACUGUGCCUGACUGGAGACCCUGCAGGAUGAUGUCCAUCAUCUUGAGCACGUGGCAGACAGACAGUAGGGCUCUGUGGGCUGUUGCUGUCGUGUAGUUAGUGUGGCCCUGCUUCCUCUUCCUUGAAGAAAGGGUGCAGACAGACUUCCUGUCUUUUUCUGUAUUCACAGAGAGACACCCUGGUGGCCAAGGGCAUGUAAAGAUGAGUUUGCGAAGAAAGUAUUAAUUCAUAAUAAAGUCACAGACCCUGAUGCUUCCCACAAGUAGGCUUUAUCGAGUGUGAUGUGGGGGUGAAAAUACAAAACUCAAGAUUUAUUUUCUAGUCUCCUAGUCUUAGUUAAUCCUCAACUAAUGUCUGAUCUUACACAAGUCAUCUGACCACUGAUAAUCAGUUUUGCUGUGGCCCCUCAAAAUUAGAGCUAUUUAGACAUCAUUCUUAGGUCAGUCAAGUAAUAAACUUGGACCAUCUGGAAUUCAGCUAUGCCUAA